AUGGACGGACCGAACAACGUGAACAGUAAUUAUGUCAGACCUUUUAUCGGCCCCUAUCAAUUAUCUUACCCGGAGGACUUUAGUUCUGAUAACGCCAAUCCUCUACUAAUUCACCAAUCUCAAACUCAAAAUUUCCUUCCUUCUGUCUCCGAUAAUGUUGACGGCAUGUUCAUUAAUAUUAUGGACUACGAAGAUACCAGAGAUUAUACGGGCGAUUAUGCAUCAAUUCAAGACAAUUCCUCCGUCCACCUGGGUAACGUUGACAUGAUGAAUGGCCAGUUGCAUCCGCCGAAUCACGAUCAAGCCGCAACUCACGCAGACAGCUCUUGCCCACUCCCAGUACCUUGUCAAACAUUCGGUGAUCUUCAUUCCGAUGUGACAAACGACAAUUCGACAGAUAAUCAUUUUCAACGUCUCG